AAUAGCCCCUCUCAUCCGCCCCCUCUCCACUCCCUCGCUCACUCCCCAAGCGCGCGGUGUAGAACCCUAACCCUAAUCUCGGAGCCUUAUCCACCAAGGUGCGGCAAAACCCUAGCCCCCCCGAAUCCGUCGCGAGGCAAUAUAUGGCUUCUGCUUUCGGCACCAUUUCGACAGUCGGCCUCGCGGCUGCCCCAAGCAGCUUUGCGAAGGAGAAGAGGCUUUCGGCUUCUGAGAAGCUCUCUUCUCUUGCUUCUAUUUCAUCCAGCUCUGUUGGUGCUAGGAUGCAGAAUGUUAGACUCCAGAAGAAGCACAGCUCCAAGAUCAGAGCAAUGGCGAAGGAGUUGUACUUCAACAAGGACGGCUCAGCUAUUAAAAAGCUGCAGAUCGGAGUUAAUAAGCUUGCCGACUUAGUGGGAGUCACACUUGGUCCCAAAGGAAGGAAUGUUGUUCUAGAAAGCAAGUAUGGGUCCCCUAAAAUUGUGAAUGAUGGUGUCACGGUGGCGAAGGAGGUUGAGCUCGAGGAUCCUGUCGAGAAUAUCGGAGCUAAGCUGGUGAGGCAAGCUGCUGCUAAGACCAAUGACUUGGCUGGAGAUGGGACAACCACUUCUGUCGUUCUUGCUCAAGGAUUAAUCGCUGAAGGCGUUAAGGUAGUUGCUGCGGGUGCCAACCCUGUCCAGAUAACGCGCGGUAUUGAGAAAACAAGUAAAUCUCUCGUUGAAGAGUUGAAGAAAAUGUCUAAAGAGGUUGAAGACAGCGAGCUUGCUGAUGUGGCUGCAGUGAGCGCCGGAAACAACUAUGAAAUAGGUAACAUGAUCGCCGAUGCCAUGAGUAAGGUGGGUAGGAAGGGAGUGGUCACCCUUGAAGAAGGGAAAAGUGCCGAAAAUAGCCUUUAUGUUGUGGAGGGAAUGCAAUUUGACCGAGGCUACAUUUCUCCUUACUUUGUUACUGAUAGUGAGAAAAUGACUGUGGAGUAUGAGAAUUGCAAGCUGCUGCUUGUUGACAAGAAAAUUACAAAUGCCAGAGAUCUUAUCAAUGUUUUGGAAGACGCCAUAAGAGGCGGAUAUCCGAUUAUUAUAGUUGCUGAAGAGAUUGAACAGGAAGCUCUUGCGACUCUGGUCGUGAAUAAGCUGAGGGGGGCACUGAAAAUCGCCGCAUUGAAAGCCCCUGGAUUUGGAGAGAGGAAAAGCCAGUACCUUGAUGACAUUGCAAUUUUGACUGGAGCUACUGUGGUUAGAGAUGAAGUUGGGUUGUCUCUGGAUAAGGCCGACAAAGAAGUUUUGGGCACUGCGGCAAAGGUUGUGCUUACCAAGGAUUCAACCACCAUAGUUGGUGAUGGAAGCACUCAGGAGCAAGUGGCCAAACGAGUUGCACAGAUCCGAAACCUAAUUGAGGCUGCGGAGCAAGAAUAUGAAAAGGAAAAGCUUAAUGAGAGAAUAGCUAAACUCUCCGGCGGUGUUGCUGUAAUUCAGGUUGGAGCCCAAACAGAAACCGAGCUGAAGGAGAAGAAACUGAGAGUGGAAGAUGCUCUCAACGCCACAAAGGCGGCUGUCGAGGAAGGUAUUGUUGUUGGCGGCGGCUGUACACUUUUGAGGCUCGCAUCGAAAGUCGAUGCCAUUAAAGACACCCUUGAAAAUGAUGAGCAAAAGGUUGGGGCUGAUAUAGUCAAGAGGGCCUUGAGCUACCCACUGAAGUUGAUCGCUAAAAAUGCGGGCGUUAACGGAAGCGUCGUCACUGAGAAGGUUCUCGCCAGCGACAACCUUAAAUUUGGUUAUAACGCCGCGACCGGAAAAUACGAGGACUUGAUGGCUGCCGGUAUCAUCGAUCCCACCAAGGUGGUGAGAUGCUGCUUGGAGCAUGCGUCGUCAGUCGCGAAGACGUUCCUGACCUCGGACGUGGUGGUGGUCGAAAUCAAGGAGCCCGAGCCUGCCCCGAUGACGAACCCGAUGGAUAAUUCCGGUUAUGGAUACUAAUCGAUCGAUCGACGGCGAAAACCAUGACGAGAGCGCGGGGCGGUGUUCCUUUUUUUUGUAGAUCAAUGUUUCGGUUCGGCGAGGCGAGGGAUUGAUUAAUUUUUGUUCUAUUUAAAGUCCUAAUAUGAUGCAACAGCAUAGAUCUAUCUUGCUUAUGAGGAAUUUAGCUUCUUUUUUUUUUCAUUUUUCAUUUUAUUUUAUUUUUUAAGAAGAGAGUUUUCAUAAUCAUUGUCUCCAGUUAUAACACUUGUAGCUCAGGAUAAGAUCUCAGUUUUUAUGCUGCUUUUUGUUA